UCAGUUGCAUACCUGAUUAUAUUUUAAUGCUAACCCAAGGGCAAUGGCACCAAACCUCUGUUUGUCUGCACUGUUUCACUGUUUCAGGCUAUAAGGAAGCAAACCUGUUUCUCCUCUGAUGUGUAUUAAAAAGUACUACAGUCCACUGAGAGUACUGAGAAUUUGUAGAAUCUCGCUUUUCUGGAAGAGCCAGAUACUUCUUGUCACAUGACUCCUGCCUGCGAGACUCCUUAGCAAACAGGCUGUCAUUUCCUGCCUGUCUCUCAUACCUGUCCACGUUACUUUGUGAGGAACUGCGUCGCUGCAUUGCCGUUGGAUUUUGGUUCAAAGGCUUCGCGAUGGGGCGGAUAGCCAAGGAGGUGUCAGGCCAGACCUUGUGCUUCAUUGGCCUAGUUGGUCUGUGUCUCUGUUGUGGUCUCCCCAUGUGGCGAACAACCUACUACAUCGGUGCCAACAUCGUUACGGGCCAGAUCGUGUGGGAUGGCCUGUGGAUGAAAUGUGUCAUGCAGAGCACUGGUCAGAUGCAAUGCAAAAUCAAUUCUUCCAUCAUGUCCCUGACGCAGGACCUGCAGGCAGCCCAGGCCCUCAUCGUCAUCGCCAUCAUCGUCGCCUUCGUCGGCGUUCUCAUGACCUUCAUCGGCGGGCGCUGCAGCAGCUGUCUGAAGGAUGAGUCUACCAUGGCCAAACUGGUCAUCCUGGGUGGGGUGCUGUGUCUCGUGGCCGCCAUCAUCUGUAUAAUUCCAGUCUCCUGGUCUGCAGCCUACACCAUCUCUGAUUACUUUAACGUCCUCAUACCCAACUCUGACAAGAGAGAGCUCGGUGGCUGCAUCUACAUCGGAUGGGGAACCGCCGCCAUUCUUAUCAUUGGAGGCAUCCUGCUCUGUUCAUCGUGUCCACCACAAGAGGAUGUGUACCCGAAAAACACAGGCAUGUAUCCCUACCAGAGCCCCAUGAUGAGACCAGCAGGCCCGUAUGUGCCUGUCAGGACAUACUCACCCAGUGUUGCCUACACAGGAAACUAUAUACAAAACAAACCUCAUGCAGCCACUUACUCUGCAGUGCCGAGACAAUAUUUAUAGGCAAAAAAACUUAACAACUGGACUCCUGUUUCUUUGCAAUGAUGUUCCUUGCCUUGUUUUGAAUGAUAUAUCUGUCAUCAGCUGCAAAUUUGAACUUGAUUAUAUCUGUAAAGUAGUCAGCAUUCAGGUUGCACAAAGAUGUUUUGCUGUGGUGUUGUGUACAUUGCUGAUCUUAAAACCUGUUUAGUAGAUUUUAUUACUUUAUUUUCAGUAUACUUAAGUACUGUCAGUAGGCGAAACAGUUGGUUUGUACAUUUUGCUUAAUCAAUGCUCUCCAGUUACCGUACUGGACUGCUUCUCAUUGUUGAUAAAUGGAAAAUGUGUUGUAAUGGGGGAAGUUAUUAACUUUCCCAAGC